AUGGCCAAAUGCGGCAAGAUCCAGAGCAUCGUCCGCCUCCAGCAGACGCUGCAGCGGUGGCGUUCCCGGGCCGCGGCGGCGCCGACGGCUCCGGUGCCGGCGGGGCACGUGGCGGUGUGCGUGGGCAGCGAGUCGCGGCGGUUCGUGGUGCGCGCGGCGCACCUCAACCACCCCGUGUUCCGUGAUCUGCUCCGGCAGUCGGAGGAGGAGUACGGCUUCCCGUCCACCCCUGGCCCCGUCGCGCUGCCCUGCUGCGACGAGGACCGUUUCCUGGACGUCCUCCGCCGCGUGUCCUCCGAGGACCGCCGAGGCCGCUCGGUCUGCUGCCGCGUGCCGGUCGUCACCAGCCGCGACGUCGCGGCGCGGCCGCUCCUGCAGGGGAUGGCGGUGGAGAAGCUGGUGUGGUGACCGCUCGAUCGUGGCCGCAAGACUAGCCGUGGCGCUUUGGUUCCGGCGGAGGCUGCUGUUCUGUUGCACGCCGAAAAGAUGGGAGCAUCUCCCAUGCCUGCCGCAGGCCCGCAGCCGAGAAGACUGACUGGCCGAGCCCGCGCACGGAACAAGCAAUGACACAUCGGGGAUCCAAGGCCGGCGUAAGCGUAAUGGCGGUGCCCCCACAACCGUGAAGGGGCGAGGACGCCGCCGCGGAUUCGGCGCCGAAGGGAAGCGGCGAACUUGCGGGCGCCGGCGGGGUUAAGGAGCGGCCUGCGCAGAGGCUGGCGUUAGUGAGGUGAACACAUGAACUGUUUGCGCGGCAAGAGACAGGUGGACUAGUUAGUUUGUUUUACAUUGCUCUGCUCUGCAUGCAGAUACUGCUCAUUCUCGGCACAAUCUUUGCCGAUCUUGGACAUGUUGCUGUCAGACAUUUCCGGGUUAAACCACGCA